AUGGGCCCCUGUACCGCCUCCUCAUGCUGCUGCCAGGUCCGUAAUCUGCCAUGGGCCCCCGUACCGACCCCUCAUGCUGCUGCCAGGCCCGUAAUCUGUCAUGGGCCCCUGUACCGCCUCCUCAUGCUGCUGCCAGGUCCAGAGUGUCUCAUGGGUCCUUGUACGGCCUCCCAUUGCUGCUGUCUCCAUCGCCACACUCUGCCAUGUGCCACUUUCAGGUCUCCUCACACUGCUGGUGGGUUCCAUUUUGUCAUAGGGUGCUGUAUGGCCUCCCAUUGCUGCUGCCUCCACCGCCACACUGUGGCUCCACACUCUGGUUUUGGCCCCGUGACUGCCCAAAUGAGUGAAGUGUGCGGUGAUUCUAAGAUCGACGGCACUCAUCUGCAUGUCAUACUGACUGACAAUAUUAUUUCUCUUCCCCAGCAGACUCCAAGGGCAUUUAAAUUAAGGGUACAGUGUUCUGCACUAAUAUAA